UACCAGAACUGUGAGCUUGGUAAAGAACCAACGGUUCUUCAGAUACUUGGAUACGCCUGCAACGAGGCACUGGCCGUAGGUGCGGUCACGGGUCUGGACCGGAGAAGGAUCACCGCCUUGUUUGGUUUCAGGAAUCUCACCAUCCUUGCGCCUCUCCUCCUCCGCUGGUGAUCUCUGCCUCUUUCUCGCGCUCUAUCACUCGUCUCGUCUCAUCUCGUCUAGAUAAGACCGUCUAACAUAGUAGAAGAAGAAGAAGAAAGCAAUGCUCUGUGUUCGUGGGGGGCUAAAUGCGGGGAUCCAGCUUAAACCCGAAAUCAAAAACUUGCUCGCGCGAGAUCUGUCAAGUAGAGAAACACAUUCUGCUAGCAUAAAAACUUCCUCAAGGAACAGAGCAUGCAUAUUGAAGUCAACCAAAGUAUCCUGUGCUCACAACGAGCAACAAGAGAAAAGACAUUUAGUCAAAAUGUGUGGAAUAACAUCAGCUAGAGAUGCUGCUUUGGCAGCAGAAGCUGGUGCUGAUUUUAUAGGUAUGAUUAUAUGGCCUAACUCAAAGCGUUCUAUUUCACUAACUGUUGCGAAGGAAAUUUCAAAAGUUGCGAGGGAAUAUGGAGCAAAGCCUGUUGGGGUCUUUGUAGAUGAUGAUACUGAUACAAUAUUGAAAGCAUCUGAUGCAGCAGACCUUGAAUUGGUUCAGCUUCAUGGGACUGGUUCACGAGAUGCUUUUCCAAUUCUAGUGAAGGAAAAACGAGUAAUAUAUGUUCUUCAUGCAAAUGAAGAUGGAGAACUUUUGAACACUAUUUCUGAUGAAGAGUGUUCUAUGGUUGAUUGGGUUCUAGUUGAUAGUGCCAAAGGUGGCAGUGGUAAAGGAUUCAAUUGGGCACGCUUUAAGCUCCCGCCAAUCAGAAGUAAAUACGGGUGGCUCUUGGCUGGAGGGAUUUACCCCGGGAAUGUAUGUGAAGCGCUUUCUACUCUAAAACCACAUGGAAUUGAUGUCAGCAGCGGCAUUUGUGCUCCAGAUGGGAUUCAAAAGGAUAAGUUGCAGAUACUCUCCUUCAUGAAUGCGGUGAAUUCUCUAUGUUGUUAGAUGACAUCACUACUUGCAAACAGACCUUGUGUUAGAGUAUGAGCAGAACUGUGUUAAGAGUACGUCUUUAUAUAGAGGGUCUUUGCGCCAUUCUUAUAUAAAGAGUGCAAGAUUAUUAGCAUACAUUAUUUCUCAUUUUGGUUCACUUGCUCUGCUCAAAAAGGUGCAACAUGAUUGGACAAUUAGAACAUGUUGAAUGAACAUUAUUGAAAGCAGUCUGCAUUAGUGCAACGGCAUUCUUGUUGAUGGUUUGUGGUGAAAUUACUCCAAAAAUCAGGUGUGAAUAUUCAUUGUUGUGUACCAACUGUGUCUGGGAUGGGGUCCAUCUUCUCAUGAAAUGAGAUGAGUGUAAGUUAGGCAAUGCUAGGAAGCUGGUGCUACAGAUGAUUAGGGAUGACAAUGGAGCGGUAAGCAUAUCACUGCCAUACCUAUACGAGUACAAAAAAUCUGCUCAAUCCCGCCCUUUUGUCCAAACCUCACUAUUGGAACAGGAUACAUAUAUCUUGUCGGGUGUAGAUACAAUUGACAUCCAAUCUUGCAAUUUGUGGUGUGGUAGUACUUGAUAAAAUGGGAACCAAAUUGCAUCAUGUUUGCAUAUAAAACUACUACCUGUAUUGUAUUUUAUAUUUGAGAGUAAAUUUUACUUUUCUUUCUUCAA